CCCGGCUAGGGUCGGAACGCGCCGAUGCCUGCCUAGUCCAAAAUUCCAAAUCAGGCCGGGAUUUUCGAAAGACGACAGCCCCUCUCCCGGCGGUGAUGCGACCGGCGGCGGCGCUGAGCCUACCUCCCAGACACUACCAGAGAGUACGCUAGGCAGGGGCGGCCUAGCGAUGCCUGCGGUCGCCGCCGCCAGACUGAAGCGGGAGGACCGCCCCCGCACCAAACACGACUCCCUCUUCUCCCCGUGGAAGGUUCUUGUCGGGCCGUCGGACUGGGAGGACCACUCCGCCGGCAAGGAGGGGGUCCAGAGGUAUCACACACGCAACCUCCCGGACAACUUCCCUGGCCUCUACGAGCUGGGCGUUGCAAGGCCUUCCUAUGAUGGUGUCAGGGCUCGCAGGAAUCGAUCAGCUGUCGUCGUGGUGGUGUACCUCGGGCAGGCCGAUAAUGUCAGGGCGAGGCUCCAGCAGUACGGACGGACAGGGUCACACCUGGACACCGGGAAUCCAUUGGCUGCUGUCGGUAAAGCUGAGAUGAACGCCCUCACGGCAGGACCUGGAUUGUUCAGGGAAGUCUUCUCCAGAGGUUACUCCGUGAUGUUUCGAUGUGCGCUGAUGUGUUCCAAAAAAGCAGCUGAGAAGACUGAAGCUCAGCUACUGGGAGUAUUUGAUUAUGCAUGGAACAAACUUCAGAAUAGUGCGUGUCGUCGCGAAGAAAUACUGCUCAAGUUAGAACAGGGAAGCCAUAGAUUAUCUUUGCUUGGCAGAGUUCGGCACUUAAAACAGAGGGUGUUUGGAGAGAAAGCAGGUAUAAAGAUUAACAGCAGUGGGUCUGUUGAGAUUUCAUCUGGCAGUAUGAAAAAUAUGCUUCCAAGAGUCCGUGCGUUUGUCGGCUUCAGACCUCGUUUAGUUAACUCUGGUGGCGAUUUAAACAAGGCAACUGAUAUUCACCGGAAAUGCACAUCUCAGGCCAAUACUGCUGGUAAUAAACAAGCACAUAGAAGGUCUGAAGGAUACAAGGUGAAAAAGAUCGAUGUUAUUAAACGACGAACUGCGCCGAUACGAGAAGCCGAAGCUGUUUGUGGAGUAACGCUAGAAGAUGGUUCUUCUUGUUUGGAAGAUCCAUUGGAAGGAAGAAAGAGGUGUGAGUUGCACAAAGGUAGAAGAGUCAGAGUCGCAUACGGUCGCAAAGUAUCCUCUUCUAGCUCCACUUGCCAAGUUGCUAUUCCAACUGUUGAAUCCAUACCUCAACAAACUGCUAAUCCAAGCAAACCAGAUCAAGCAUGGCAAACCAGUGCAGACCAGUCCAAAAAUCUGUCGACAAAUGCAAAGGAGCCAUCACGUCAAAGGAACGGCUUCGAAGCAAAGGAGAUGAAAAUCGGAGAAGCUCCUGCAGAAGAUGAAGCAUAUGGAGCCUCCCAUGCAGAAUCUCAGUUCCACCAAGAUGAGCCUGUUGGAAGAAAGUGGUUUGAGCUGCUCAAAGCACAGAAAUCAGCCAGCGCACCAUCAUCGAGAGGCCAAGGAUGUCAGACAAGAGAAGCAAAUGACGACGCAUCAGCCAUAUGUGGAGUAGUGACAGAUAAUGGGUACUGCAAACUGGCACCAGUGACAGGAAGGGAAAGAUGCGAGGAGCACAGAGGAAUUGAGGUCACUGGUGCUUCAUCGGCACCAUGUUCCGGAAGGUUGGGAUGGCCAUCUAUCUGUGGAGCUCGAGCAUCCGAUGGUUCACCUUGCAAGAAUCAGCCAAUCGCAGGGAGGAAGAGAUGUGGGUUGCACAAAGGUCAAAGAGCGUGCUGCGCCUCCACGCCAUCCGUCAAAUAAAAACAUUGCCCCAUUGAUCCUGUUGUGUGUUGUAAUAGCAUUUCUGAUAUAGAUUUUGAAGUUGCUGUUUAUUCAAUUUUACAAGGUGUUGAUUUGUUGUUCAUGCUGUAAACAACAUUGUUGAUGAUAGAUCACAGGAAAGUGUAACACAAAUUGUAGAUCAAAUUUUUGGAGAGCUAUGGACGUGUGGAUAAUUGGAUUUGC